GGCUGAUGUGGACAUGUGUCCAGAGGAAGCUCGGGCAUUUCCCUACGUGCCGGCUUUUCUCGUACACAGUCGCUGAUCAAGUUCCACUCUCCUGCGCAGCUCCGCGCUGGUGUCUGACUGUCUGAAGCAGGCGUUCAUCUCAGGGCGAUGCUGUCACUCAGAAAGCAUCCUCCUCUGUGUUUGCUCUUUCUGCUUGUCAUGCCAGCUUUGCUACAGAAACCCUCCGAUUCCGAAUGGGAUAUAUGGAGAAAACGCUGCUGGUAUCAGCGGAAAUCGGUGUCGUUAGCCAGAGUUGAGCUUGUCGUGUUACCGGGCAGCCAGGACUCGGAAGGGGGAGUGAAAGAGGGAACUGAUGUGAGUUUGAGGUGUUCACUGAUCCGCUGCAGAUUUCUGGAAGAAAUGGCGGACAGAUUCCUCUGGUUCCAAAAUGGCUUACGUUUACCCUACACCACCAGCCAAAUCCAGCUGGCCUCCGUCAGCGGCCAGGAUUCUGGCACCUACACCUGCGGUGUAACAGGAUAUGUUGAAACCUCUCUUCCUGUCACUCUCAAUGUCAGAUGUGCUCCAAUGCAGGCGUCCGUGUCCAUCAGACCCUCUAGUGAGGUAGCAGAAGGCAGUUCGGUGACUCUGUUCUGUAACAGCACCAGCAAAGGGACUGUGAAGUACACUUGGUACAAGGGCAGCACAGCUGUGGCCCAGGGAGCGCAUUACCACAUAAGCAAUGUGGGUGCGGAGGAUGGUGGUGAAUACGUGUGCCACGCCAGCGGCGAACACAGGGAGGCGUAUGCUAACGAGACUCUUACCAUUUCACGUUCCCCAAAGGUGGUCUCGGUAUCGGUGACUAUGACAUGCGACGCUGAAGCCAACCCCCCUGUACAAGACUACCUCUGGUUUAAAGAAGGCCACACCUCCCCAGUGGCAUUUGGACGGAGCUUCAGGAUUGCCAACAUCCUCGAAGAAGACAUUUCUCAGUACUACUGUGAGGCUCAGAACAGCAUCGGCCAUCACUCUGCGCGACUUGCGUGGUCUGUGAUGCAUAAAGAGGAGUGUCCCACAGCUUUGGCCGUAGCUGCCGGAAUCGGCGGAUGCUGUGGAGCUCUGGGUGUAGCUGUUCUCUUCGCCGGUCUGUGGAUGAGGAAGAGGAAGAAGAAGACAACAUCAAGUGAAAAAGAAAGAAAAAAGAAUGUCGGCACCGAUGCCACAGAUGACUCAUACGCACGUCUGGAUCCACAGUCCAGGGCCUCCAGUGAUGUGUACACUAGUCUUAAUACUGUUUACAGCAGGUCUCAGGGUACCACGCGAGUGUGAGCCCUCAGAUGUUCCUUCCCGCCAUUAUACUCCAGUAGGGAUUCCACGUGCUGCUUUAUUAACUACUGCAGUUGGGAAGUGUUACACACAAGGGCACAAUGCAUUGAUUGGCGAAGUGUACAAGCACAUAUGUCCUGUCCACUGGUGCAGUGGAGUGAGUGCGAGUGUAUGUAUGUGACGGAAGUCUUUCUGCAGACUUGGCGGGAGCUGGACAGGAGUACAAAUCACCCGGCAGACGGUACUGCAAAGGUAGAAGAGAAGGACUACGCAGAUAGUGUUCCCAGCUAAUGCCUGUGUAAUGGACACGUUUCUGCAUCGACAGCCCGUUGCAGCGGAACAUCUAAUGCAUGACAUAUUUGAACCGUUUUUUAAAAUUAUUAUUUUUUGUAUUAUUGAUACAAACAACAGACUCAAUAAAUGAAUGAAAUUCUAAAAGUCGCGCAGUCAUAAAAUAACGACGGUCAGCUGGAUCCUCCUCCUGUCGGAAGUCACGUGUUGUAUGACGCCCAAACGAUUAUAAGUGCGGACGUCGGCAGCGCGCGGCUCUUUCCGCCUGUGCAGCGGUGGGGGAGAGGCGUCUGGGUUGGCGCGCGAGCCGCGGCUGGAAGGCCUGCGCGGGAGGGAAAUGCCGCGUGAAGCCCGGCGCGCUUUAGGGAGGGGAAGGCGAUGGAGCGGCUCGCGUUCACUUGGAGGUUAGAAAGCCGCUGAGCGUGCGUACGCGUCACGGCGGCUCCGGUGUGAAGCGGCGCACGUGGUCCGUCACGCGGCAGGAUCUGCAUGCGGCGGUCAGAUGCUCGAUGACCUUGACCUGUGGUUUGCGUCAAACACGGCAGAAAUGGUGAUCACGGGAGCGGUGGCCUGGCCGAGGUGGCGGCGGAUGCUCGCGGACUAGGUCAGGAAGGUGAGCAUCUCCACGGUGACCAACGUGGGUGGCUGUGAACCAAAGAAAUGCCAGGGGCUGGAGAUGUUGGAUUAUGCUUUAUUUUUGUAUGUAAAAUUGUCCUAAAUAAAGGCAUGGCACUAGAGGUGGUGUCAUGGUGUGUGAAA